ACACAGAGGAGAUUUCUGACCUCACUGAGCAACUCGGUGAGGGAGGAAAAACCGUUCAUGAGUUGGAGAAACUCCGUAAGCAGCUGGAGCAGGAAAAGAGCGAGAUUCAGUCUGCCCUUGAGGAAGCAGAGGGUUCUCUUGAGCAUGAGGAGGGCAAAAUUCUCAGAGCUCAGCUUGAGUUCAACCAGAUUAAAGCAGACAUGGACCGUAAAAUGGCUGAGAAAGAUGAGGAGAUGGAGCAGAACAAGAGGAACCUGCAGAGGAUGAUUGACACCCUGCAGAGUUCUCUCGAGGCCGAGACUCGCAGCAGGAAUGAGGCUCUCCGUUUGAAGAAGAAGAUGGAGGGAGACCUCAAUGAGAUGGAGAUCCAGCUAAGCCAGGCCAACAGGCAGGCAGCGGAGGCUCAGAAACAACUCAAGGCUGUUCAUGCACAUCUGAAGGAUGCUCAGCUGCAGCUUGAUGACUCGCUUCGAUCCAACGAGGAUCUGAAGGAAAACAAUGCCAUCGUUGAGAGACGCAACAACCUGCUUCAGGCUGAACUGGAGGAGCUCAGGGCUGCUCUGGAGCAAACUGAGAGAGGUCGCAAACUUGCUGAGCAAGAGCUGCUGGACGUUACUGAAAGGGUGCAGCUACUGCACUCACAGAACACCAGUCUGCUGAACCAAAAGAAGAAGCUGGAAGCCGAUAUGUCCCAGCUUCAGACAGAAGUAGAGGAUGCGGUGCAGGAGUGCAGAAACACUGAAGAGAAGGCCAAGAAGGCCAUUACUGAUGCCGCCAUGAUGGCAGAGGAGCUGAAGAAAGAGCAGGACACCAGCGCUCACCUGGAGCGUAUGAAGAAGAACAUGGAGCAAACCAUCAAAGACCUGCAGCACCGUCUGGAUGAAGCUGAACAGAUCGCCUUGAAGGGGGGCAAGAAGCAGGUGCAGAAGCUCGAGGCCAGGGUGAGGGAGCUGGAAAGUGAGGUGGAAAUGGAGCAGAAGAAAAGCGGCGAAACUGUUAAGGGAAUCCGUAAAUACGAGCGCCGUAUCAAGGAACUUACCUAUCAGACUGAGGAGGACCGCAAGAAUAUUGCCCGACUCCAGGAUCUGGUAGAUAAGCUGCAGCUGAAAGUUAAAGCCUACAAGAGAUCUGCCGAGGAGUCUGAGGAACAGGCCAAUGUUCAUCUUGGCAAGUCCCGCAAGAUGCAGCACGAGCUGGACGAGGCUGAAGAGAGAGCUGACAUCGCAGAGUCUCAGGUCAACAAGCUGCGCGCCAAGAGCCGUGAUGUUGGCCCCAAGCAAAAAGGGUUUGAUGAGGAGUGAAGCUUUGGAGCCUGCACAAAUCCUUUUUUCCUGCUGCAGUAGAUCUACAACCGAGUAUUAGGCAACACAUCGAGGGAGAAAAACUCUGAGAUUUCGAGAAUAAAGUCGUAAUAUUUUGAGACAUAAUAUUACA